AAACACCCUGCGUCAUCGUGCGUCUGACGUUUUACGUUAAGACCCGCCCCCGGCCUGACUCUCACGCAUCAGUAACGUCUGACCGUAAAAAAUAGAAAGUUCCAAGAUGGCUGAGUCCGUGGACUCCAUGCAUUUCGCAGCAAACAGCAAAACAAAUUCCCCUAAACCCUUGACAGCAAAACGACCGCCGGAGAGCCGAUCGCAGUCUUCCAGCGACAUUUAUCCACCGCCCCCCAAGAAAGUCCGGGUGGAGGAGAAGGGCCUGAAGCACAGGAAACUGAACGGAGAGUUGUGCGCAGAGGAAAAACACAACGGGAAGCAGAGUUGUGGGAGCCCAGCGAAAUGGAGUUUCGGCCCGGGCAAGGCGAGCCACUCCACCGCCGCCGCGGUCCCAGUUACUCCCGCUCGGAAAAUCUUCAAAAUCAGCAACUUCCUCGCCUCACCUCCCAAAGCGAAGAAGGCGAAAAACAAACGCCACAAGGAGAGGGUGAAAAGCAGUGAAGCGCGGCGGAGCUCCGCGGUCGGUGUGGGGAAAGUGAGCCCAGCUAGCUGCCAUACAAAGACCGAGAACGGCGACGUGAAAAUGCUACAGAGAGACCAUCGUAUCAAAGAGGAAGACAGAGAGAAGAAAAACGAGAAGAAUAAAGAGUGGAGAAAUCACAAACCUCCACCUGGACAUGACAUUUCAAGAGAAAACGGAGAAGUGGUUUCCCCACAGAAGGAAUUGAAGGAAAAGCCCAAAGCUGCUUCAGAGGACGACCUCCUCCUGAAGAAACUUAAGAAGAAGAAGAAAAAGAAGCACAAAGAUGGGGAGCGAGUGAAGGAGAGGCACGGCCGACCCAAGAUGUAUCAUCGCUCGUGUCAGACGAUGUGUUCAGGAGUUUCUCUGGGUCUGCCUGAAUUCCUGAGCCAAAUCAAUGGGAACAACAGUAGUUUACUCGGCACUGCAGCACCACAACACCAUCAGGAAUCUUCUCUCACUGCUGCCACCACUGUUUCCAUCUCCUCCAUGGUAAGGGACAGGCUUGGCUACAGCUCCCUGCUCCACUGUACCCCAGAACCAGCCCUGCCGGGUUUGGAGUUUGGCCGUCUGAUCCACAUCGAGCACCAGGCCAAUGGAGGAGCAUCUGUGGUGCACGCCUACAGCGACCAGCUCUCCUCUCUGUCUCCGGUCGAGAUACAGCGCUUUGCAGAUGAGUUUGUGACCCUGUCAUUCAGCGAAGACAAUGCCCAGGCUGCAUGUUUUGUGAUGGGAAUCAUCCAUGGAGCGGCAUCCUACCUCCCAGACUUCCUGGACUACUUCUCCUACAAGUUCCCUAACGCACCAGUGAAGAUGGAGGUGCUCGGGAAGAAAGACAUAGAGACGACAACCAUGGCCAAUUUCCACUCUCAGGUGAAGCGGACAUAUUCCCAGGGAACUUAUCGUGCUGGGGCCAUGCGGCAGGUCAGUCUGGUCGGAGCUGUGGAUGAGGAGGUCGGCGACUACUUCCCAGAGUUCAUCAGCAUGUUAGAGGAAUCUCCAUUCCUACAGCGGACUCUGCCCUGGGGCACAUUUUCCAGUCUGCGGCUGCAGAGCCCCACUGAGAGCGACGAUGGCCCCAUCAUGUGGGUCAGACCUGGAGAACAGAUGAUCCCAAUGGCAGACAUGCCAAAAUCACCCUUUAAAAGGAAAAGGUCCACCAAUGAGAUAAAGAACCUGCAGUAUUUACCCAGAGCCAGUGAGCCCCGAGAGAUGCUGUUCGAGGACCGGACGAGAGCCCACGCUGAUCACAUUGGCCAGGGAUUUGAGAGACAAACUACUGCUGCUGUAGGUGUGCUGAAGGCCGUACGCUGCGGAGAGGACAGUGACACUCCUGCACGGAUCACUAAAGAUGUCGUGUGUUUUCACGCUGGAGAUUUCCCAGAUGUGGUCAUGAGGCUGCAGCUGGACCUCCAUGAACCUCCGCUGUCUCAGUGUGUGCAGUGGCUUGAUGAUGCAAAGCUGAACCAGCUAAGGAGAGAGGGGAUCCGUUACGCCCGGAUCCAGCUCUAUCACAACGACAUCUACUUCAUCCCCAGAGGAGUUGUUCAUCAGUUCAAGACUGUGUCUGCAGUCUGUAGUCUGGCCUGGCAUAUCCGGCUCAAACAAUAUCACCAACACGAAGAGGAGGAGGAGGAGGAGGAUGAUGAGGAUGAGGAUGAGGUGAAGGAAGAUGAGAAGUGUGCACCAGGAGAACACACACUUCAAAUCAAAGAGGAGGAGGAAGCAGAAUGGAAGGAGUGCAAGCCUGCAGUACAGACAGCGAUCACGCUGGAGGGCGAGGACACCGAGGAAAGGGAGGGGUUGUCCUCACAAACUCCAACACGGAUUUUCAAGGAGGAAGAGCAAGAGAACAGAGCCGAGAUGGAGUUGUCGACAACACAGUCCCCACCUUUUGUCAAAAAGGAGAGACAUGAAGGUGUCCUUACUCACACACACAUGGAGCCUGAAGCUAAGAAAGAGGAAGGCCGGGCAGGGGGAGAUGCCGGUGCAAACGCAUGUCAGACACUGCAGAAGUGCCACGUGGAGGCUGGUGUGGUCAGUGCGCCCUCUAAGUCACUACAGCAAAUUAGGAAAGACAACAAUGUGGAGGAAGAGAGACAGCAAAAGACAUUUCUGCCAAAUCAAGGUCUAAAAGAGAAAACUAAAGACAGUCUGAUGAGGACUUACCACACACUACAAAUCAAAAAAGAAAAGGACAAAGUAAAAAGAGAGAGAGAUGAGAAGGAAAGGCCUAAAGAGAAGAAGGACAAGGAUCAAAGCAAAGAGAGGGAUAAAAAGGACAAGGGGAGGGACAGGGAUAGAGAGAAGGACAGGAUGAGAGAGCAGGAGAAAGUUAAGGGCGAGGGUGGUACACUGACACAGUUGUUGCCACAGAUGAGGAAAAAAGAGGACGAGAUGCAGACGAGAGAGAGCAGUAAAGCCUCUCAGACUUCGCUCUCUGCUCAGGGAGAUGAGAAGUGGGCCAAGGACUGUGACUCAAACACACAACCCCACAUCAAGCGAGAGGAGCACGACAGAGACAGGGGAGGCGCACAAGCAGCACCUCACUUACAGCUAGACAGGGAAGAGGCUCGAGACGCCUGUUCACAUAAAAAAAAGUCUUCACAUGGGAAGAAGGAGAAGAGCGGGCACAGGGAGGGCAACAUGUCGAGUACACAGGGAGUGCAGGCAAAGUCAGGGAGGGAGGAUGGGAGGACAGGCACUCUCAAACAUGCAAACCUUCAGGUUAAGAAAGAAGGAAAGAAGGACAAAAAUGUCAACAUUAAAGAGGAGAAGAAGAAGCCUGCUUCUGGUCCCGUGCCACCAGAACACAAACCACCACGGACGCUCAUCACCUUUGACCUCUUUAAACCACUGGAGGCUCAUCAGACUCUGGCCCUUUCCUUCACAGACCGUAGACUGAAGAGCCACCAUUACAGUGACUCUCGAUGCUCCUCCUCUAAGUCUGGGUCUGACACUCGGACAAUUGUGCCCUCUAAAGGACCAAAAGUAAAGGACUUAAUGCAGGAGAAACCUGCCACACCCCUACAGGACACUCAGUCCCCAUUAAAACAGCCCCUGAAAACACACACAUCCCAAACACAGAAAGACUUCUUAACAUGAAUAUCUAGAUUUGUAGUCUUUUUUUUCUGUACAACUUGCGCUGA